GGCCUGGGGAGCCAGGGAAGGUCUCCUGCCCCUGCCUUGCUUUUCCUUCUCACUGCGUCCUCGCAGAGCAGGAGUGAUGAUCCAGCAGCAGCAGCUGGGAAUGCUCCUGCCAGAGGGGAAGGUGGACACUUCUGCUGCCCUCGCCCUGCUCGGCGGCUCCGUGGCAGCCCUGGGGGUCUGGAAAUGGCUGGGCAAAAAGAUGAUCCAGAAGAAAAUGGAAGAGGCUCGGAGGACCCGGGAUGAGGGCAUGAAGAAAAUGGCAAAGGCUGUCCAGCAGUUCAGGGAGCAGGUCCCCAGUGUCCAGACAGAUGGCAUUCUGUCCUUGUCCCUGCUGGAACUCACUGGAAGACUCCAGGAAGGGUCCCUGUCCCCCAGGACUGUCCUCUACACCUACUUAGAGAAGGCCCUGGAAGUGACCCAGCAGACAAACUGCCUGCGACACUUUAUCCCAGAGUGUGAGGAGCAGCUCCAGGAAAUAGAAGCACGCGAGGAGAAAGGGCUGCUCUACGGCAUCCCCGUCAGCAUCAAGGAUCACAUCGGCCACAAGGGGCACUUGGCAACCUGUGGGCUCGUGCAGUGCCUGGGCACUCUGAUGGAGGAGGACAGUGUCCUGGUCAAGGUCCUGAAGAGACAAGGGGCCAUCCCAUUUGCAAUGACCAACGUGCCACAAUCCCUCUUCAGCUACGAAUGCAGCAACCCCAUCUUUGGGCAGACAUUGAACCCUCUCAACCCCCAGAGGAGCCCCGGGGGCUCCUCGGGAGGGGAGGGAGCUCUGAUCGCAGGGGGAGGCUCCAUCCUGGGCAUCGGCUCCGACAUGGGCGGCAGCAUCCGCCUGCCCUCCAGCUUCUGCGGGCUCUGCGGCCUCAAACCCACGGCUGAGAGGCUCAGCCUAUCUGGAGUGACUGGCCCUGUCAAUGGCAUCCUGGCAGUCCCUUGUGCCCUGGGGCCCAUGGCGAGGGACGUGGACAGCCUGGCCCUGUGCAUGAGAGCUCUGCUCUGCCAGGAGAUGUUCCAGCUGGACCCCAGCGUGCCCCCCAUCCCCUUCAACGAGGAGGUGUACUCCAGCUCCACUCCCCUGCGGGUCGGGUACUACGACACCGACGGAUACUUCCCGCUGCCCCCCUGCAUGAGGAGGGCAGUGCAGGAAACCAGGCGUGCUCUGCAGGCAGCUGGGCACCAGCUGGUGCUCUUCUCUCCUCCCCGGAUCCCCUAUGUCAUGACUGAACUGUUUCUGAAGACGUUUUUUGCUGAUGGAGGCCGUACCUGGUUGGAUGUGUUCACAGGAAAUAUUAUAGAUCCAGGCUUGAAACCACAGGUGAAUUCCUGCAAGAUGCCAAGGCUGGUGAAGAAGCUGCUGGCUCUGCUUCUUAAACCUCUGUUUCCCCGCCUGGCUGACUACCUGAGCGCCAUGGCUGGAAUGAGGUCAGUGAAGGAGAUGUGGAAUCAUCAGCAUGAAAUACAGGUGUACCGCUCCCAGUUCAUCAGCCAGUGGAAGGAACUCCAGCUGGACGUGGUGCUGUGCCCUGUCCUGGGGCCUGCCUUCACCACGGGAUACCCCAGGAAACUCCUCGGUGCCAUCUCCUCCACGAUGCUGUACAACGUGUUGAACUUCCCCGCCGGGGUUGUCCCGGUCAGCACCGUGACAGAGGCUGAUGAGGAAGAGCUAAAGCUUUACAAAGGAUGCUGUGAUGACCCCUGGGACCGGACACUGAAACAGGCGGUGUCAGGAGCCCUGGGGCUGCCCGUGGCCGUGCAGUGCGUGGCCCUGCCGUGGCAGGAGGAGCUGUGCCUGCGCUUCAUGAAGGAGGUGGAGACCCUGAGCCGCGACAAGAGAGUGGCAUAGUCACCACGGCCCCCAGGGAGAAGGGACGGCGCUGCACGACUGCCAGCAGCAGUGCAGAGACUGCACCGAGGAGGGGAGCAGGAAGGAAACGCCACCUCCUGACCCCUCUCCUUGCCAAUAAAAACGAAUCCUCUAAGGAACCCAGAUGCCCUGCAGGACUGGCUUAGGAUAGGUUCAAACAGUGGUAAAUCUAGGAACUGCACUUCCAGCAAGGAUGGAUGGAUGUGGGUUCACCCCAAUUCCCAGCAGUGCUGCCUCUUGCAGAAACAGGGUGGUGCUGAGAGGAAAGGAUUACAGAAGGUCAAUAGUAUUUUCUUGCUGGCAGUGGAGUAACUUCACAUGGAUGGAACUAUGGGCUGCCCCAGGAGGAAUACAGCCGUGUCCAUCACCUCCCACCACUGUAAUUUGCUCACAAAAAUAAAAAUGGAACUAUUAAGCAACUCCCAUGAUAAAUUCCAGUAAUCCUUCACUGACGGUGAUGAUUCUACAAACAAAGUUACUACUCAAAAUCAUACAAACACCUGCUCACUGGACAUUAAAUGGCAUCUAGCAUGGGAAUACUCACACUUAUCCACAGCCUUGCUAGCUGUGAGGGAUAGCAAGAGUCACUGGCCUCUCCACAGCACCACUUCUCCAGCAUCCCAAGCACAUUUCCAACCCCACAGGAGGGGCACUCUUAGGAGCCUCUGGUUUCAGGACCUCAGGCUGCUCUCUCUGAAGGCAGGAGAUAAGCACAGACAGAUGCAACUCAUUUAUGCAGAUGGUGAGAUCUGGGGCAGAAAGACUGAGAUCCCCAGAUGGUGUUUGUUAACCCAAACCUGCUCAUGCAGGAUCAAAGCAGUCAGACAGGAGGAAGAGAGCAGGGCCAUUUAUCCCAUCCCACACAGAUGGAUAAAUUGCUCCCUCUGAUAAAACCUCUCCCUCUCUCCUAGAUUAAACACCUCAGUCUCAAACAGAUAAGUA